AUGAAAACUUCUUCCACUUCCUCUACUUCUUCUACUUCCACUUCUUCUACUUCUUCCCUUUUAAAUCAACAACCAACACAAGAUACACAUAAAUUAAAUAAUAAAAAUUUUAAAACGAAUCAAAGGAAAAAAAUUGAAGAAGAGUUGAUCGAGCAUAAUAAACUAAAUAACAUGUUAAAAGAUAUAUCCAAAAAGUAUGAACAUAAAAUUCAAAUUAAACAAGAAUCAAUUGUUACCAUUGAAAAGGUUGUCCAAUCAUUUGUAAAGGUGAUUUUAAAGAAAACAAACAUUGAUAAUAACACUUUGCAAAUCACUGAAAUUUAUAAAACUUUAAUCGACUUAGAUUUAGAAUUUUUGUUACCAAUUCGUGGUGUUACAAUAAAAUCAAAUACAAGAAAACCAUCAAUGAAUAAAUUUCUUUUAGCAGAUAGUGAUAAAAAUUUUGAGGAGAAACCUCAACAACAACAACGACAGCAACAACAACAACAACAACAACCACAACUGCUGCAACAACUGCAACAACGACAACAACAACAACAACAACAACAACAACAACAACAACAACAACAACAACAACAACAACAACAACAACAACAACUGCAAAUGCAAAUACAACAACAUCAACAUCGACAAAUGCAAAUACAACAACAACAUCGACAAAUGCAACUACAUCAACAAAUGCAACAACAACAACAACUACAACAACUACAACAACAACAACAACAACAACAACAACAACAACAACAACAACAACAACAACAACAACAACAACAACAGAUGCAAAUACAACUGCAAUUACAACAUCAACCUCUAAACCACCAAUAUUAUAAUCUCCAAAUGCAACAAAGUUGUGAACAAAAUAAUAUCAUUAAUAGUUUUAAUGAUUAUAAUAAUAUCAAUAACAAUAACAAUAAUAACAAUAAUAAUAAUAAUAAUAAUAAUAAUAAUAAUAAUAAUAAUAAUAAUAAUAAUAAUAAUAAUAAUAAUAAUAAUAAUAAUAAUAAUGAUAACCAACCUACACCAUCUAUAUAUAAUCAAGAUAAUAUAAACAAUAGUUUUAAUAAUAUAAUAUUUAACACUGAAAAUAACUUUUUCGAAUUGGAAGACAAUUUCAACCCUGAAAAUUUUUUGGAAUUCGAAAAUAUUUAA